AUGUCAGUCACGUCCAACCCAUAUGGUCCCAACCCAUCAGAUUUUCUUUCCAACGUCAACAAAUUCGAAUUGAUUGAAAGUACGUUGAGAGAAGGUGAACAAUUUGCCAAUGCAUUUUUUUCCACUGAAAAGAAGAUUGAAAUAGCUAAAGCUUUGGAUGAUUUUGGGGUUGAUUAUAUCGAGUUGACAUCGCCAGUGGCUUCUGAACAAAGUAGAAGGGAUUGUGAAGCCAUUUGUAAAUUGGGAUUAAAAGCCAAGAUCUUAACUCAUAUUAGAUGUCAUAUGGAUGAUGCUAGAGUUGCCGUUGAGACUGGUGUUGAUGGAGUUGAUGUUGUUAUUGGAACAUCACAAUUUUUAAGAAAAUAUAGUCAUGGUAAAGAUAUGAAUUAUAUCGCUCAAAGUGCUAUUGAAGUUAUUGAAUUUGUCAAAUCAAAGGGAAUAGAGAUUCGUUUCUCCAGUGAGGAUAGUUUUAGAUCAGAUAUUGUUGAUUUGUUAAACAUUUACCGUACGGUUGAUAAAAUCGGAGUCAAUAGAGUAGGUAUUGCUGAUACUGUUGGUUGUGCCAACCCAAGACAAGUUUAUGAAUUAGUCAAGACAUUGAAAUCGGUGGUUUCAUGUGACAUUGAAUGUCAUUUCCAUAAUGAUACUGGAUGUGCUAUUGCAAACGCAUACACUGCAUUGGAGGCUGGUGCCAAAUUGAUUGAUGUUUCAGUAUUGGGUAUUGGUGAACGUAAUGGAAUUACUCCACUUGGUGCAUUAAUGGCAAGAAUGAUUACUGCUGAUCGUGAUUAUGUCUUGUCCAAAUAUAAAUUACAUAAAUUGAGAGAUUUGGAAAAUUUGGUUGCUGAUGCAGUACAAGUAAAUAUCCCAUUUAAUAACCCCAUCACUGGAUUCUGUGCAUUCACUCAUAAAGCUGGUAUUCACGCUAAAGCAAUCUUGGCUAAUCCAUCAACUUAUGAAAUUUUAAACCCUAGUGAUUUUGGAUUAACAAGGUAUAUUCAUUUUGCCAAUAGGUUGACUGGAUGGAAUGCAAUUAAAUCAAGAGUUGAUCAAUUGAAUUUGAAUUUAACUGAUGAUCAAGUUAAAGAAGUUACCACAAAGAUCAAAUUGUUGGGUGAUGUAAGACAAUUGAACAUUGAUGAUGUUGAUUCAAUUAUUAAAGAUUUUCAUCAACAACAAACUACACCUGCUUUGAAACCAACUGAUAAAAGUAAUGAACCGGUUGCUUCAGUCGAGGAGGAAGUUGUUGAGGAGUCAGAAGCAAAAAGGCAAAAAGUUUAG